GUAUCAAAAACAGAUGGGCAAAGAUUCCCACGUACAACCCUGGGUAUGGAAGACCACCUUGGCAGCCUCCUUACAGACCGUCAGCCAGGCCAACGACCACAACCACUACCACCACCACCACCAACGACCACCACUCAUCGUCCAUACCACCGGCAUCACCACCACCCCACGACUCCUCCACAUCCCAGUAAGCCUGACACUUGCGAUACCAACUUUGACGCUGUCUCUGUCAUCAGGAGGGAAACGAUCUUCUUCAAAGGCCAGUACAUGUGGAGACUUUCAGAGAAAGGCGGAGUAUUGGAAGGAUAUCCCGCACUAAUCGUUUACCUCUGGAAAGAUCUUCCAAAGAAUCUCACACGCGUCGACGCUGUCUACGAACGACUUGACAAGAAAAUCGUCUU